AUGGCAGAUUUUGGGUGCUUGAACCCUGACAUUCCCUUUAAUGUCCUCUCCCGACUGCAAACGAAAGAUUUGCUGGGAUUGAAGUGUGUCUCUAAAGGAUGGCACCGCCUUAUAUCUGAUCGCUCUUUCAUCCAGGCUCAGUCACAAAAGAAAGAGCCAUUGUCAGGAUUCUUCUUCCAGCAGAGGUACCCGUAUUGUUCUGAUGACAUAAAAACUAUAACCUAUGUUCCUGUUGAAAGGAAAGGAUUGCGGCAGGAUGUCUUUGCUUUUCUCCCUCAGGAUGUCGUGGUGUUAGCAUCAUGCAAUGGACUACUUUGUUGUCGAAGUUGCUACCCCUUUGAAGAUCCAGCUAUCUAUGUCUGCAACCCUUUGAACAGUGAUUGGUGGAAACUAGAUUGGAAGGAACCUGACAAAGAAAGCUUCAUUGCGCUGGCGUUUGAUCCCUUCCAGGAUUUCUCUGUCAAUUCGAAAAAUUUCAAGGUUGUUAGACCAAGGAAGUUGGAGACUGAGGAGGAAGAAGCAUACUCAUUUGAGAUAUAUACCUCAAAGACAAGGAAUUGGAAGCUAUCAAAAGAGGUUUGCUGGUGUAAUAACAGUUUAUCCAAGAAUGGAGGUGUUUUUAUUGGAGGGAUCUUACACUGGCUCACUGAUGGUGGCCAAAUACUGACUUUUAAUGUAGAGAAUGAAACAGCUUUGCUGAUUUCAAUUCCACUACCAGCUGGAGAGUUUAAUUGUACACCUCAAGCUUGCAUUGGAGAAUCUGAAGGUCGACUGUAUUAUGUACUGAUCUCUGAAGGACUUCACGUAUGGUUUCUUGAGGAUUACCAUGAUUCUACUUGGUCUCUCAAGUACUCCAAAACUCUUUCGCAGAUGGAGUUUUAUUCUACUUGGUCUCUCAAGUACUUCAAAACUCUUGCGCAGAAGGAAACGGAACACUCGGCGUUCAUGGUCAAUUUAUACGAUAGAAUGAUGCACUGGCCGAGAAUUGAUGAUAGCCCGUUGUUGGAUCCCUUGGCCUUCAAAGACGGGGUCUUAGUAGUAAGGGUAUCCAGUACCAUCUACUUAUAUCAUGUUGAGACUAGCAAGAUGGAGGAAGUUGGCGAGACUUAA